CCCUGUUCCAUCUUUCGUUCCAGACACGCCUCUCUCUCUCUCUCUCUCCAAAACAGGGAAUUGAGAGUCCAUUUCUUUGUCUUAAGGUCAACCACUUCUUUCACUUCAAAUUCUGAUAUGGGUUUGUCUCUUUUUCCAAUUUCCAACUGGGUUUUCCUGUUUUUUUUUUUUUGCUUCAUUUCCAGUUUCCAUCCAACUGAGUUUUCCUCUCUCUCUCUCUCUCUCUCUCUCUCUCUCUCUCUCUCUCUCUCUCUAUAUAUAUAUAUAUAUCCCAACUGGGUCUUCUCUUUAAUGAAGUCAAGCUAACGUUUUUUCAACUCCACAUAUCCCAUUUGAUUUGAGGUGUUGAGGCUGCUGAUUUUGUGGAGACCUUGCAACCCAAGGAAUAAAGAAAUGAAGUGUUUCUUUCCCUUCAAGGAAAAACACAAGAGCAAAAUAGAAGUAUCGCAAUCCGCUCCAGAAUUGAGAAACAAAAGCAAUUCAAGCAAUCCGGCUUUGGAUCGCGCGACAAAAUCUUCGAGUUCAUUGCCAUCUCCAAGGAGCAUACCAGAGUUGUACAAAGAAAAGGAGCAUAAUUUGAGAGUUUUCUCCUUCCAAGAGCUGAGGGAAGCAACAAAUGGUUUCAGCAGGUCGCUUAAGCUCGGGGAAGGAGGUUUUGGGAGGGUUUAUAAAGCAGCAAUCAGGCCUUCCGAUGGAGGAACGGGCAGUCCGAUUUGGGUUGCCAUCAAGAAGUUAAACCCUCGUAGUUUACAGGGUCACAAGCAAUGGCUUGCAGAAGUUCAAUUUCUUGGCGUCGUAAAUCACCCGAAUUUGGUAAAACUUCUAGGGUACUGUUGUUUAGAUGGAGAGAGAGGGAUACAAAGGCUGUUGGUGUAUGAAUUUAUGCCUAAUAGAAGCUUAGAAGAUCAUCUUUUCAACAGGGCUUUGCCUGCAUUGCCUUGGAUGACAAGGUUAAAGAUAAUGCUUGGUGCUGCUCAAGGAUUGGCUUAUCUACAUAAGGGACUCGAAGUCCAGGUAAUAUAUCGAGAUUUCAAAUCUUCAAAUGUGCUAUUGGAUGAGGAAUUCAGGCCAAAGCUCUCAGACUUUGGGCUUGCUAGAGAAGGACCAACGGGUGACCGUUCUCAUGUAUCAACCUCGGUGGUGGGGACUUAUGGAUAUGCAGCCCCAGAAUAUAUAAAAACAGGCCAUCUUUCAACCAGUAGUGACUUAUGGAGUUUCGGUGUGGUACUGUACGAGAUCCUAACAGGCAGGCGUGUCUUAGACAAGAACCGCCCCAUAUCAGAACAGAAGCUUCUUUACUGGGUUAGACAGUUCCCCGCUGACAGUAAAAGGUUCAGCAUGGUAAUAGAUCCCCUCCUGAGAGACCAGUAUUCUCUUACUGCAGCUCAGAAUGUUGCCAAGUUGGCCGAUAGCUGUCUGAACAAUAACGCAAAGGACCGGCCAACCAUGAGUCAGGUGGUAGAGGUGCUAGAGCAAGCUCUACAAGAUUCACAAGGGAGCACCAAUUCUUUUAAGAGAAGUUUUGAGGUCUCUACAUCUAAAUUGGCGAAGCGGAAACCCAAGUAGAAUUGAUUGAUAUAAAGAGAGAGCACUAUAUAUACGUCCUACUGUUGUCUGUUGUGACUAAGUUCUUUAUAAAAGUUCUCAAUAGGUUCAAAUGGUUGCAUAUUAUAACAUUCUUUUUCCAAGACUUUCAGGCAUGAGUCCCAAUUCAUCAUCCGUAGGAUAUUGAAGCAGACAUUGUUUUUCUUUAUGUAAAUAUUUAAGGGAAGAAGGCAAUGUAAUAUUUUCAAGUCUCCUCU